AAGAGAGGAGCCGGUAACCCGCAGGAGCUGCCACUGUGGUCUCCUUCCAGAAAGGUGGUGAUUAUGCGGCCGGGCCGGCGUCUGUAACCCGGCUUUAACAGAUCUCAGUCCAGGCUUUGGGGGCGCAUUCCUUGGAGUGUGUUUGGUACCGUGUUUGUGGGCCAUGAUGGAGGUCAGAGGAGCCCCCACUGAGGUCCUCCUGCAGCGUCCCUGGCUUCCUGUGAGCAUCAGCGGCUGCCAGCUCCUCGCCAAGAGCUGGUUUGGGGAAACGACGUACCACAUCCUGCUGACAGACAUGCACUGUGUGUGGGAGGAGAGGAUGGACUCAGCAGCCAUCCAGAAGAGAGCACAGGAGCUGAACAGACGUUUGCGAGCGCCGGUCAAAGCUUUCUUCUCCCACCUGUGUGAGGUGGUUCAGCCCCGUCUGUCAGGAGGUGAGGGGCGACCUGACGGCGAGGCCCAGAUCUCCCUGACCCGACAGGAGGACGGAAACAUCAGCAUGAAGCUGAAGAGUGAGCUGGCAGGGCUGGCCAUCUACUGGGAGUUUCACUGCACCCCCGCCCCUGUCACUGUGGUGUGCGUUCAGCUGGUGCGCCCCCUGCUGGCGAUGAGCCACCUGCUGCAGCGGCAGGUGGAGCAGCUGGGAGGUCUGCUGGGGAGGAAGGACGCAGAGAUCCAGGACUACAGAGAGAACGGAGCCACGCUCAGCAGAGAGCGGCUGCAGACGGACGCCUUUGAGGAGCAAACCUACAGAGAGGACUUCAUGUCAAAGGCUCUUCCUCUACUGUGUUCUGAGCAGCCGGACGCUCUGGGCUUCGACGCCGACCUCCAACACCUGUACGCAGCCGUCGUCGCCCACGGCAACACACGGAAACGCAAACUGUCUGAAGAGCCCUCCGUUGAGGAGCACCAGCCCCCCGCCGAGAAACCAGACGUCACCUCGUCUUCAGGUGGAUCCAUCACCAACAGGGAAGCAGCUGAGGGCGGGCCGGGGGACGCAGCUGGAGCCAAGAUGGUCGACAGACCCGCAGUACAACAGUCUCGACCAGUCACAUCGGACGCUGCAGAGCGACCGUCCUCCAAACCAAAGAAGAAGAAAGUAGGACUGUUCAGAUGAGCGCCAGCAGUCGGACGCACACGCACAAACCACAAUUCAACAACCACAAUUCAGAACUUCAUUAGGAAAAAUGCAAAUUUUACCAUUUGAUGAAAAUCUUUAAAACCAUUUCUUAUUUUUAAACUUUUAUUUUAUUUUAUAGUUUGAGGUUUUAAAUAGGGUUUAGAUUUAUUCACACAAAAGGCUUUUAAAAAUUUAAUUAAAUAAAAAUAAACAUUUUUAAAAUCUGGGUUUUGUUUUUUUAGAGAAACUGUUGAUUAAAGAUGUAAAUAUAAUUUU